CCCUCUUCCCACCGACCUGACGAUUGAAAAAGGCAUGUCUUUCCGAGUCAUGGAUUAAAAAACCAGAGAGGAGGCAACUUGACGGGACGCAGGAAACUUUUCGCGUAGACGGCGGUUUGGCGCGCCCUGAUCCGUCCAUGAGCGAGAGCGCGUAAAAGUCCCCUAGAAGUCAGCUGCGGGCGCACGGAGGACUACACACGCAAGAGGAGCCACAAGACUGAGGAAGAAGACGCGCAUCACUGGAGGAAUACAAGGGAGACAGCGAGAGGCUGAGAUCCGAGCUCACUCUCCCAGUUGAGCGGAUCAAAGAACUGCAGGACAAUGUCCAGUAAAGCGACUCUAGCAUUACUCAUCUAUGGGAUCUUAAUGCAUUACAGCAUCAACUGCUCACCUGUGGGGCUCAGCUUUCCCAGCAUUAGACUUGACAGUGAGGUUUAUGAUGAGGGUGGCAACUCUUUACCAUCUCUGGAUUAUGAUGGUGAUCAAGUGGAGGUGAGAAGCCCUUCAUCUGUCGCUGACGACGUCUUCACUUUGUUCUAUCCUCCAGAGAAAAGGGGGGGGAAAACGCUGGACGACAGCUCGGAGCCCCUGUCCAAGCGACACUCAGACGGGAUCUUCACGGACAGCUACAGCCGCUACAGAAAGCAAAUGGCCGUCAAGAAAUACCUGGCAGCCGUCCUGGGGAAAAGGUAUAGACAGAGAAUUAGAAACAAAGGACGACGUAUGGCAUAUUUGUAGCUGCCUCCCCCUUUUCUCUUCCUCCUCUUCUCCCCCCUGAACAGAAAAAAGUGUGCGCAGCCCCCAGAUGAAGUCACUCUGAGAUCUGGCCAAUCAGUAGAUCGCUUUUGUGUUCAAACAUGUAUUUAUGUAUGAAGUAAGCCAUUAAAUAAAUAUUUUGAUAAUAAUAUUGGGUUUUAUUUUGUACUUAAAGCACUUAAAGAUGUAUUUCCUUGUGGAACAAAUUUUCCCCCCAGAAAAGUAUGAAGUAAGAAAUCCUUAAACGUUUAAGUUUUACCUCCCACAUUCCUGUCUUUUAAACAUCCAGUGAAGGCAAAUGAGAGUGAAUUGUAGUUUAAAAGACAAUCAAUGCAUUCAAUGCUGCUUUUUCUCUGUGAAGUUUUAUUAAGAGUUUAGUUGUCUUUAUCCACAACAGCCUUGAGGACGUAGCUUUUCACCGUGUCCUACAAGAGCUAGACUUUGAUGCCCUCCCGGACGGGGAUGAGUUUGAGGCUUUUUUGGGAGACUGGCUGAAACAGUUCUCCCCCCAAUUUGCGGUGAGUUUCUGGCUCUUUCCACGAGGCCUCGUCCUCCCCGGGGACUCCUUACGUCCACUUUCUUUUUUUUUUGUAAUCUUCUUCUUCUUCUCCACUUUGUUGCCUUGAGCACUCAACCCUGACUUCUUCCACCUCAUCUGUGCUCCCGUCUCACAGAUUUUCAUUCCACCUGUAUGAAGCAUACAGGCUAAAAGUGGAAAGGCUCGGUCAAAUCCUAAACCCAUUGUCAACUGUUUGAAAAUAACAAGUAAUUACAAUAAAAAAUAGAUUUGGAAUAUGUGUUAGCUUUAAAACUCAUUUUAUGAAUCCCUCAUUCCUAGACUUGAGUACUUUUGAGGUUUUUCCUUCUUUUAUUUUCUUCAGCUGUGCUUACAAAGUAAACUUUCACAUGGAUUUGUGCCAAUCCCGUGUUUCUAUCAAAUGUAUCCUGUUCUUUUAUUCUGUUCAAGGUUGUCUCUAUCCACAUAAUAAGUAUCAGACAUCUCCACCAGGCAAUUCAAAAAAAAAAAAAAGGAAAAAAAAACAUUUUUUUGAAUGAUACUUGUUAAAUGGAAUCCCACUCAGUUUGUUGGAGACAUUCGAGGAACUCUUGUGUUUCAACCCUCUGGAUCUAUUGUGCUUCCUUUUUUCUGUCAUGUGAACCAAUGUACAAAUUACAGUAGACUGCAUGAUUAAAGCUCUGGCAACAGCCACCACGUUUGUGCAGACAACUAUGGUUGUGCUUGAAUUUCUGACUACUGUAGACCAUCCAUGCGGUUGUGUUCUGUUCGCUUACAUUCCCAGACAAGCUGUAUGUUCUCCACAGAAGCAUCUGAAUGUACUUUACUGCUAACAAGAUCUUCUAGUUUUGUAAUUUUCUGUGAGGUAGUAAAAAAAAAGAAGAUAUUUUUUGACUUUAAUAGACAAGAAUUAGAAAGGUGGUAGAUAGUUAUGUUCAGACAGAGAGCUUCAAGUUGUCAAACUCCAUAGGAAAAACUGCACGGAAAGUAGGUGUUAGGAAGCACAACAGGUUAAAAGAAUUGCAUCUGUUUUCAAUGUAUCAAUUUUCUUUUUAAUUUUUGCAUCCCACCCCUCCUCUAGGCUUUGUGACGCAGGAAGCAGGGAGGUGUGGUGCCUUGCAUCGACUUUAAAAAUCGCCAUGAAUCACAGAUGGCUAUUAAGUGGCCCUACAAUGCUGCACAUCAUCAGCUCGCAUUUCCGACUUUUUUGUUGUUGUUGCUUACGUGUCACGCACCGAUGUUUGAUGGCGCCACUCAGCGUAGAUGUUGUUAGUGUUUGUUUACACUGCUUUCUUUUCCAAUUUGUUGUAGAAUUCUUCACUUUUGUCAAAAACAAAGAGGAGCAGCCGCUUCUCCAUGAACCAUCAUGUGUAUGAUAAUGAAGCGCCAAAUAGCCUUAAAAAUCUAUAGGAGUAUAUAUCUAUAUAUAGAUAUAUAUCUAUAUAUAUAUAGUGUGAAAAUUUACUAUUAGAUCUUCAAAUGCAAUCUGCAAGAAUAAAGCCAAUAAAUGUCUAAAAAAAACGUGCUGUAAAAUUUGUAUGAAUAAAUUUUUGUAAACAACAAA